UUAAGAGCAAGAAAUCUCAAUAGAGUAAUUCAUAUUGUAUAAUUUGUACACACACACACACUCCAAAAUCCAAGGAAUUGGUUUGUAGAGAUUCUGUGGACAUUUGAAUCUGCUUCCUAAAGGUUAAGGCUGCAUUGUCUGCACAGAUCUGGCAAGUCAGUAACAUCAACUAGAGACGCACCAAAAGAUUCACAAAGAGAUUGUGGAUCUCUCUGUUUGUUGGGCUUGUUUUUGCCUAGUGAGUCUUUGCCUUUGCCCCAAGAAUUCCUGUGGGUGGCCAGAGUUGCCCUUUUCACCAAGCAAGCAUGACCUCUUGUUUAAACAUGCUGAUACUUAUGCACAAACUCACAGAAGAGAUUUUCCCACAGGGCUGGCAUGAUGCUCUUUGGGGUUCUGUCCAUUCUGUGUCACAUUUGUUCCGAAAUUCAGAGCCGGCAGUGAACACUCUGCAUCCAAACAGCGACGCUUACCCACAUGGGUGUGCAGAGGGACUAACCAAAACCUAAUUUUCACUGUAUUUUAAUAUUUUUAAGCCUUAAAUGCAUGGGAAUUUCACCAAACACUCUUACAUAUCCAGGUCUUGAGAGACCCAGCACGUAUAUCUAUCACAAAUGGAUCUACAAAAUGUCCAGAUAGUGUAAAAAAGGAAAAUAUUUUCAAGACAAUUAGAAUAGACAAGUAGAAUAAAAUAUUUGUUUUAUUUUUGAUAUAUAAAAGAGAAAAUGCAACAAAUCUGGAACAGGAUUCAUUACUUUCAUGCAAUAAGCUACAUAAGUAUUUUCUCAGACACUAAUUGAGUCAAAAUAGAUACACAUUUGUUAUACUUGCUAUAGUUUACUUUCAUGUUUAUUCAUCAAAUAGCAAUGUCAGAUGUAAAUCAACUCAAUCACUGCAACCACAAUGCCACCUUGUGUAACAAAUUACAUGUAUAAUAUGUAUCUGUACAUGCUUAUCAGAUGCUCUGAUAAUCAGAGGUUGCACUGGCCAUCGGGAAAACCGGGACUUUUUCCACGUGGCCACGAUAUGCCAAAGUAGACCACGAUAUGUUGAAUGGUCCACGAUAAGAGGAAGGGGGCAGCAAAACAGUAUAUCAAAAACGUUAUGCCGAAGGGGAUAUGAUCUGCAGAAGACACACAUUGCAAACCCCCCCCCCCCCCCCGCCCCCCAGGAGGUGAAAUGAGGUCCCGGGUCACUAAAGACCUGAGCCCCGAGGUAUGUGUUUAAGGGUUAUACAGCUUAAAUGGGUUUGUAGGUCUCACAUAUGACACUCUGUCUUUCUCUCAGGAUGGUGCUGUGUUGGUUCCUGUUGAGUUUCCUCUUCAACAUCCUGAAUGCCCACAAUGACUUCUUCACCUCGAUUGGUCAGAUGACAGACCUACUGUACACAGAAAAGGACCUGGUGACAUCACUGAAAGAAUACAUCAAACAAGAGGAGAACAGAAUAGAGCAGGUCAAAGAGUGGGCAGACAAGCUGGAUUCGCUGACGAACACAGCCACCCAGGACCCUGAGGGAUUCCUGGGACACCCUGUCAAUGCCUUCAAGCUGAUGAAGAGACUCAACAGUGAAUGGGCUGACCUGGAGAGCCUUGUGUUGAAAGACACUACCAAUUGGUUUAUCUCUAAUCUGACUGUUCAGAGACAGUUUUUCCCAACAGACGAGGACCAGACAGGAGCAGCCAAAGCUUUGCUUAGAUUACAGGACACAUACCAGCUGUCAGCCAACACAAUCUCUAAUGGAGACCUGCCUGGUGUUGUUCACAAGAGCCGAAUGACUGUGGAAGACUGCUACGAGCUGGGGAAGAUCGCGUACUCUGAGGCAGAUUAUUAUCACACAGAACUCUGGAUGGCUCAGGCUCUCACACAGCUAGAUGAGGGCGAGGAAUCCACCAUCGACAAGGUCACAGUCAUGGACUACCUCAGUUACGCCAUCUACCAGCAGGGAGAGCUAGAGCAGGCUCUCGAGCUGACCAAGCGGAUGCUGAAGCUGGACCCGAAUCACCACAGGGCCAAUGGGAACCUAAAGUACUUUGAGUUCCAGUUGGAGAAGCAGAGAAAGACAGAGGCCGAGAAGGAGGGUAAAAAAACAGAAAAGAAAGUGUUAGACAAACGGGAUGCUCAGAAUAAACGCUCCAAAGACCCUCUGCCAGAGAGGAAGAAGUAUGAAAUGCUGUGCAGAGGAGAGGGGGUGAAACUGACACCCCGCAGAGAGAGCCGUCUGUUCUGCCGUUAUUUUGACAACGGCCGUAAUCCACGCUUGCUAAUAGCUCCAGUGAAACAGGAAGACGAGUGGGACCGCCCACACAUUGUUCGUUAUCAUGACAUCAUCUCUGACAGUGAAAUCAUGACCGUGAAGGAGAUGGCAAAACCCAGACUAAAGCGAGCCACAGUGCACGAUCCCACUACGGGAAAACUCACCACUGCCCAGUACAGAGUCUCGAAGAGUGCUUGGCUGUCUGCAUAUGAGCAUUCUACGAUUGAAAAGAUUAACCAGCGUAUCGAGGACAUCACAGGCCUAGAAGUGGACACAGCAGAGGAGCUGCAGGUUGCAAAUUAUGGAGUUGGAGGUCAAUAUGAACCUCACUUUGACUUUGGAAGGAAAGAUGAACCAGAUGCCUUUAAAGAACUGGGUACAGGAAACAGAAUUGCCACUUGGCUCUUUUAUAUGAGUGACGUGUCAGCAGGGGGCGCUACUGUCUUCCCUGGUGUAGGAGCAGCAGUGUGGCCCAAAAAGGGUACAGCAGUAUUCUGGUAUAACCUUUUUGCCAGUGGAGAAGGAGACUACAGCACAAGGCAUGCUGCCUGUCCAGUAUUAGUAGGCAAUAAGUGGGUAUCAAACAAAUGGAUACAUGAACGAGGUCAAGAAUUCAGGCGGCCCUGUGGUCUGACUGAGAUUGAAUGAUCCCUCUUUCUCUCCUCUUCCUCCGGUUUAGCCUCAUGGUUUUAAUUUUGCUCAGUUUGGGAUGCGUGUCAGUAAUAGGGAGUUAAUGAUCAACCAUCUUCAUAUCUUUUUUUUAUUUUGAACCUUUUAAUGAACCCAGAAAUGUUGUGAAGUCCUUUUAUCCCUACAAUAGGCACCAUGAACAUGCAGAACCUAUCAAAAAUGUUUUUAGGUUAUUUAAGGUUGAUUUUUAACUCCAUAUUUUGCUUUUGCACUUUCUUCUCUUUAAACUCCAACAAACAGAUGUUUUUUUAGAAAGGUUGGUCAAAUCCUUAAAUUAACCACUGAACACUCCAGAAACCAGACAGUUUGAGACCGACAGUUAAUGUCAUUGUUACGGAAAACAUGCAGAACUUGUUUCAAGAUGGCCUUAAGACUGACCUCUUAAGACCAAAAAUGUUACUUCAGACAGAUCCCCGAGAACCAAACACCACAGUGACGGGUUAUGUGGUUACAGCAGUACCAAAGAGUAUUUUUAUUUUUUUCCUGGGGCCAAUGGAAAAACACAGCUUUUAAUUAUCUUGGUUCUGGUUUGUUUUUAAUGUAAUUUUGUGCGUGUGGAAGUGUUUUUUGAAAGUGUGACAGUUUUCUACAGAAAUAAAUUCUAUGCCAUCAAAA